UACGGGUAUUUAGUUUUAGUCUGCUGCUGCUGAGAGUGCUGCACGCAGUCUCGUUACGAAAAAAAACGCGCAAACACAUUAUAUAUAAGGUACAUUACCUAAGUUUACAACUUUAAACGUUUCGUUAACGUCCGCAAACGCGCAUCGGGUUUUUCAAUACUUUUUUAAUUUUUUAAUUUUUAAUUUUUAUUAAAAUAGUUUUCAAUCGAUACUUUUCAAAUACAUUUUAAACAAAUAAACUAACUAAAAUAACUAAACGUUUCAAAAUGCACAAUUUUAUAGGAAGCAAAUUUAAGGCCAACUGUAGACAAUUAUUCGCAGCAAUUUCAGUGAAUCUCGUCACGUUUUCGUUUGGAGUCUACACGGGAUGGUCCUCGACGGUUGCGCCGAUGCUCAAAGACCCAAAGCAGACUCCACUCGACCACGUAAUGACGGACAACUCGAUUUCUUGGGCCUGCAGUUGGGGCAUGCUCAGCGCCAUACUGGGCACAUUCUUCUGGGGCAUGUUGGCGGACAACUUCGGCCGGAAGGCCACUGGUUUCCUGACCAUGUUACCGUACCUGAUCAGCUGGAUCAUCCUGCUGGUGGUCAAAACAGAGACGGCUCUGAUGGUGUCACGGUUUUUGGGCGGCCUGGGGGCCAGCGGGGCGGCCAUAAACUGUCCUAUGUUCGUAGGAGAGGUGAGUGAUGAGGCCAUGAAGGCCGGUCUAGGUUCGCUGUUCAUACUCAUGUACAACAUCGGCGUGCUGUACGUAUACGUGUUCGGCGUGAUGGUCGAUUACACCUACCUGAACGUGGCCUGUCUGGCCAUCAGCUUGCUGUUCAUGGUGGUGUGGAUGUACGUGCCCGAGUCACCGAUAUUCCUCAUCCAAAAGAAGCGGAUGGACGAGGCGAGACGGUCGCUCAUGUGGUUUAGGGGUAAGGACAACGACAAAGAGGUGAGCGAGGAGAUAGACUCGUUGAUGCGGCACAGCGACCAGACGAAUAAGGCCACGCUGGCCGACUACAAGAAACGCGGCACGGUCAAGGCGCUGCUCAUCGGCCUGGUGUUCCAGGCGGGCACGCAGUUCAGCGGAAUAAACAUCAUACUCAUGUACACGGUGGACAUAUUCCAGAACAGCGGCAGCAACAUGUCCCCGCACUCGUGCACUAUACUGGUGGGCGUGGUGCAAGUAAUCGGGUCCGCGGUCGCGACGUUAACGGUGCACAGGGCCGGCCGCAAGUUCUUCCUUAUGGUCACGUACGGAAUCACCGCCCUGGCACUGAUCACCAUCGGGUCGUGUUUCUACGUCAACAAGGUGGACCCGUCCAUCAACACCGGCAUACUGCCCGUGUUUAGCCUUUCGGUGCACGUGAUCGCAUUCUCGCUGGGCCUGGGCAUGGUGCCGUACAUCAUCUACACCGAGGUGUUCCCGGCCAACGUGCGCAACAUAUGCAUGUCCAUGCUGAUGUUCUUCAACAACGUGCUGGGCUUCGCCAUUAUCAAGGCGUACCCGUCUUUGUCGGAAGCGUUGCACAUAUCCGGCUGCUUCUGGAUGUUCGGCGCCGUGUGCCUAGCCGUCGUGCCGUACACGUACCUGUUCGUGCCCGAGACCAAGGACAAGACGUACGACGAGAUCCGCCGCGAGUUGCUGCUGUGGUUCCCGGACAGGCGGCACAAGGACAAGGCGGCGGCUGUGGACAAGGAGGCCGCUGUGGACCAGGCGGACGGCGGCGCAGGCAACGUGGUCGUGGUCGAAGCCAACGAGAUGAAAGUCUGCAUGGGCAAGGACCAGAGUUGCUUCACGACACCCCAAUGCGCAGGCGACAACGUCAAAUAAUAACAGACACAUGGGGUUAUACGUUCCUGUGCGUGUACACUGCUGCGGCACGUAUACACGAGUAAAGGCCACUACUAUAUUAUUAUUGUUAUAAUUAUUAUGUAGUGUCUAAUAUCUGUGAAUAAAACUGAUUUACUCGGGGGGAGAGUGGGAAAAUGUAAAAAAAAUCUAGUAGAAAAACCUACUUUUUUUGUAUUUUUUUGUAUUUUUACGCCACCAAGUUCGUUUUUUAUAUAUUUAUUUGCAUCAUUUUUUAUGACAACCGUAGGGUUUUGUAUAUUUUGUGUCUGUAUGUGUUGUGGUAAAUUAAUAAUUCGAAUUAACAUAUUGUAACAAGUAUAACAAGUAUUAUGAAUAAUUUAAGUAUAAUUAUAAUUUUAAAUACCUAUAUAUCUUAAUUUUAAGUUUUAAAAUAAUAUUAAUAAUUGUUAUAACGAUAUUUUAUGCACAGAAUUCAUAUGCUUAGACAACAAAUACGAUAAGGUGACAAUCACUUGUUUGUCUAAUCACAGUUUUGUAUUUAGACUUAAUGUGUAUUAUAAACCAAUUUAUAUUUAUAAAUAUUUUUUAUAUUAUACUAAAUCUCAUUAAAAGUAAAUAUAAUUUUAAAACUCUGGA